UCCCUGCCGCUUUACCAUGGGGUUAGAAAUCGACCUGAGGGAAAUCUGACACCAAUGAGCGGGUGGGGAGGCAGCCCCUCUGCUGGCUCCUCCGUGUAUGGAAGUUCUGCCCCCGCCUUCUCGCACUGUCUGCUUCCUUUUGCUCCACACCCCGUCUAGCCGCCCGAUUUUACCCCUUUUCAGCCACCCGCUCCUCCAUUAUGUAUGAUCGGGCUCCUCGCUGGCCCAGAUUGGCGAAAGGUGGCAGCACUGAGGAUCACGUGGGUCCUGGGUCCUACCAGGUACCUUUCCUGAAGCAGCAGGCAACAGGUGGCUAUGCCCCAUUCCUUUCUUUGGCUGCCAGAGACAGCGCUUUUACUGUUCCCUCUAGCACUGAGAAAGCUGUUCCAGGUCCAGGACACUAUAAUGUUUCAGAAGCACAGAAAAUUUCCAGGGCACCUACAGUUUCUAGAAGUGUUUAUGUUCCUUCAAUUCCUUCUUGUGGACAGUCAUAUGGUUAUCAUAUUAAGGAGGAUGGCAGUAUUAUAAAACAUUUUCCACCUGCUAGUGACAGCACGCUAGGUCCAGCCUACUAUAAACCUCAAUUUGAUUUUUCCAAUGCAACUUUGAAAUACAAGGGGAUACAUUUUGGCAACUCUUUGGGAAGACUAGAGUUACCCAUAAAGUCAGGGUCUGGUCCUGGACAGUAUGAUAUAGUCCAGAAAAAGACACCACAUUAUGAAAAUAUUAACAUCAAGAGAGAUCAACAGCAAAAUUAUUGCUUAUCUCUCCCACGACUUUAUGAAGUAAUAAUAUUGCAGGAGGAAAAAAAGAGAUUUGUACCUAUCAAAUCAAUCACUCCAGCUCCUGGCACUUAUGAUGAAUCUCGAACUGCUUUCGAGUCCUUGAAGAAAAUACCAGGAGUGAAAAAUACCCCAUUUGGUCAAAGUGCUGCUCGAUUCACACAGAAUUCUAGGAUAGAAGAAAUGCCAGGUCCUGGGUUUUAUAAUCUGAACAAUACUAUAAUUGACAACUUGAGCAAUACCUGCUUGAAGAAACAAAAGAAAGGUGCAUUUGGUUCUUCUGUUCCUCGGACUUUGUUCCUGGUUCAAGAAGAAGAUUUUACUACUCCCGGGCCUGCUGAUUAUCAGGCCUUUUGGAAUUCACAGGUCAGUGGAAUUUCUGAUGAACCACGUAACUUGACUAACCGAUGUGCUGCUUUCUUGUCAAGAACGGAAAGAAUUAUUAAACUAUCAGAUAUGGAAAUUCCAGCACCAGGCAGCUAUGAUGUUCAAAAAUCCUACGAGAUGUCCCAAGUUCAACAUAAAUACAUGCCACCUCAUAGUUUCGUGGCUAAAAUAAAACAUGCCUCCUUUCUUAGCACAACUCCUCGUGGCCUGGACACAAUGACUGAUGGGCCAGGGCCUGCAACAUACAAUCCUGUUUUACAGAAAUCUUGCUCCAUACCCUUAUUUUUUAAAGCAUCAAAACGUUUUAAAGAUUCCAAAGAGAUUACUCCUGGUCCAGCGACAUAUGAGGCUGUUGGUUCCCCCAGAAGACCGCUGCUAAAGCCUUCUGAUUAA